GUUGACAUAGGUGCUGCUACAGAACACAAGAUCAAAGUUGCAAGGAUACCUGGGUGCACUACAGGAAAUGCUGUCGCAUGUGCCGAAAUGGCGAUCUACCUCACGCUAGGUGUUCUACGAAAGCAAAAGGCGAUGGAUCGUGCUGUGAAUCAGAGAGAACUGGGCACUCCAGCUGGAGAAACAAUAUAUGGCAGAACGGUAUGCCCAUACCGUAUAAGUUUGAUCCAUUGUUAAUCUUUACAUUUGUGUUCUUUUGUACUAUUUUGCAUAUUUGUGAUUUACUGGUUAGAUCUUUGUACUGGGUUUUGGAGCCAUCGGCUAUGAACUUGCCAAGAGACUAAGGGUAUUUGGAGUUAAAAUUCUUGCUACCAAAAGAAAUUGGUCAUCAAACACGUUGCCUUGUGAUACUGAAGUACUAGUUGAUAAGAAAGGUGGCCUAGAAGAUAUGUACGAAUUUGCCGGAGAAGCAGACAUAGUUAUAACAUGCUUGGCCCUCACCAAGGAAACAAUUGGUAUAGUAGACAAUAAAUUCCUCGCAGCAAUGAAAAAGGGAUCAUAUCUGGUCAAUAUUGCUAGAGGACGCCUACUGGACUACAAGGCGGUGCUUAGUCAUCUUGAAUCAGGUCAUUUAAGUGGUUUAGGGAUGGAUGUUGCUUGGAUGGAGCCAUUUGAUCCAGAUGAUCCGAUUCUGAAAUUCUCAAAUGUUAUAAUAACACCCCAUGUGGCUGGAAUCACCGAGUACUCUUUAAGAAAGGCAGCAAAGAUUGUUGGUGAUGUUGCACUGCAGCUUCAUUCAGGGGAGCCAUUCACUGGAAUAGAAAUUGUGAACUAGAUCCAAAAUUGGCAGGUGCAGAUGUCAUAAUUUAUUUUGGUCCCAUUUUGAAUGUUUGAAUGAUUCCCAAAUCCUAGUGAUAAUUCACCCACUUUCCACGUAAUUAUAAUAAAUUUCCUACAUAUUCCUUUGUUACAAACUUGUAGAAAUUUAGAUGCAUAUAUAAGAAUUACUGUGAGCAAGAAAGGCCCAUUCCUUUGGUCAAUGAAAAAGAAGCCUAUAGGUUGCAACGUACCGUGUUCAAUCAUUGAAACGCUAUCCCAGCCAGCAAUGUGUGGUCCAAUUGUGACACAUUUGCUAGCAACUGUGAAAAGUGGCAGAAAUGUUAAACCUUCCUUUGUUUGGUACAUAGCUGCCUGUA